CGUUGCGUCAUACCAGCUUUUCAUAUGCAUGUAUGUGCAUACGUUUUGCUGGUGAUGAGAAUUAGCUAUGUACACACGCCAUGUCUCGUUAUUAUAGCAUUUGGAUAAAUUACCAAAAAUAUAAAUAUGUACUGAGCCCCUCACCAAACGAAAUUCAAACACAGCUUCAUAUCUGUUGUAGCCACAUCAUAAAUAAAUACUGAUUCAAUUUGCAGCAGAAUUUUAAAAGUUUGAAAGUCAUAACAUUAACAAUCAAACAAAAUGAAGACUGAUACCCAAGCGCAAGAAAUAUUUGACGAGUAUCGCACCUCUCUCGGGGACCAGGUGGAGAUCAUAUUUUCCAAAAAGUUGAUUCAAAAUAAAGUAAAGUUUGACAAAUUAAGGAGUGAGCUUAAUCUGAAAGAAAAGUGGGAAAAGUGUCACCCAAAAAGUACUCCAGACCACAACAAUAAUUCGAAAGAUAAUAAGGAAACUGUUCAAAAUUCCUCUGAUUUUGAAUACCCUACAAAUCCUGACGUAUUAGAAGCAGUACUGAAAAUUCAGCCCCACGUUGAGGAAUUUUUAGUCGAUACGCGAACCCUGACAACUUGGCUGGAUUUGCAGAAGGGAAAAUACGAGUCUGGAAACAGUUUCGGGUCUGAAGUAAUUGAUCAAAUUGCAUCCCACGUGGAUACAAACAGGGCCGGGAUAGGUUAUGGAAUAUACCUCGAGGAGAGGCGGAAGCUUAUCUGCAAAUUGAAGAAGCAUCCGUGGAGUGAGGAUGCCGAAUUGUUGGUCCAACUACACGACUACUAUUAUUUCUGGACGUUGGAAAGUUCUCUUAUCUCAUUCGCCAGAAGUUACGCCCUCAUUUAUGACAUACUAAAGAAAAACUGGGACACGAUCGCGAGCGUGGGAGUAGCGCAAGAUUUACAAAAUUUGUCCAUGUAUUAAGCAUAGUUUUAGAUAAUGUGAUAAUUAAUGUAUAUAUUUAAUUAAUUUGGUAAGAUUGAAAACGAGCUUAGACGAGGUAGAUUUUGAGUUAUAGAUUUUGAGAAAGGAUUCAGGGUAUAAUUAAUCUGCUGAUUAAUUUUUUAUGAAAAUAAUGAAAUUUAAUGGCUAAGAAAUUAUUGUCGAACUGCGUUUAUGUACAUACUCACAUUUAUGUACAUACUAGAUAAAUAUGUACAUAUAUAUAUUGUACAAAUAAAUUUAUUUAUGCACAACACUACAUGACAUUUCCAAUAAUGAAACUAUCACUAUCUGUUCAAGUGGAAAUAUUUAAAUGGUUACAUAUAUAAAAAUAAAUACUUAUACCACAAUA